UUCACAUCCGGUCAAUGUGACAGCAUGAAGUCGAGAUGAAACACAUGACAAUGCACUUACACUAUCGUUUGUUUAGGGUUAGAAACGUGCUUAAAAUAAAAGCGCAAUCAAUCGUAACUAAAAAUCACGCCAGAUUGGUUCAUGGUCCAACAGGCGAUGGUGGAGACAAUGAGCCACCAAGUGAUACCAGUGCGGGAGCUGACCGAGUUAUAAACGAAAUUCCUACAGAAGGAGGUCCACCUGAUAUUCCAAGCAGUGAUAAACCAUUAGUUGAUCCAAGUAGUUCACUUCAAACACGGGGAGUAAUUAGGAAAAAGUUUUAUGUGAAUAAGAGAUUUUCUGUCUUGUUGUUUCCUGGACAAGGGAGCCAGUUUGUGGGGAUGGGUAAAAUGGCCUUACACUACCCUGGGGUCAAAGAACUGUAUGAACAAGUCAAUGAACAUUUCAAGAAGGACAUACUGAAAUUAUGUUUACUUGGUCCAAAAGAUGAACUAGAUAAGACAAUUAACUGUCAGCCUGCCGUUUUUGCAACAUCAUUAGCUGCAGUUGAAAUGAUGAAGGAAUUACAUCCAGAAGUUUUCCAGAACCCAACCUACACAGCAGGCUACAGUCUGGGAGAGAUCACAGCUUGUGUUUAUGCAGGUGUCAUGUCCUUGGCUGACGCUUUGAAUGUGUUACAAACCCGAGCCUAUGCCAUGCAGGAAGCCUCAGAGGAAGUUGGUAGUGGAAUGAUGACAGUGUCCAUUACCCACAAGUCAAAGCUUGGCCUUGCUAAAGAGGCAGCCAUCAAGUACUGUUCUACAGAGUGUGGCAUAACCAACCCUGUUGUCCAGACAGCUAGCUACCUUACUCCCUACCAUAAAGUAAUAGCUGGUCACAAUGAAGCUUUAGAUUUUAUUGCUGACACCGCCAGACAUUUUGGUUUGAGUGGAUGUAAAAAACUUUCAGUUAGUGGAGCAUUUCACACAACGUUGAUGAAACCAGCAGUAGAUGACAUGUAUUCAGCUGUCAAAGAUGCAACUUUUCAGCUGAAAUCAAAACACAGAGUGUUUUACAAUUACACAGGGAAACUUCAUGAUAAUCCAACACAGAUAAAGAAGAACUUGUGUGAACAGUUGACUCAUCCUAUCAAAUGGGAACAGAUAAUGCACACAAUCUACUCGAGGCCCCAGGGGGAGGAGUUUCCCCAGACGUAUGAAGUGGGGCCAGGGAGACAGCUAGGCUAUAUACUGAGACUGACCAAUGAGAAAGCUCAUUAUAAAAAAUAUCAUCAUAUAGAAGUCUGAAUAAUACACUUUUAAAAAUGUCUUUCUCAUAUCUCUUACUUCAUCACAACAAAGCUAAGAAGUUCAAUAUUUUAUUUUUACUCCUGUUGAAAAAAAAUGAAGUUCAUAUGAUUAGGAAGCGAGAUAUACAUGUACAAUAGGUUUUCAUACCUAUACAAAGGUAUAAUUCAGUCCGUGCUUUAUUACUAGAACUGAUGUGAUCACUAUUUUUCAAGUUUGUUCAAAAAUGUCACCUUUUAUUUAA